CAGCUUUCCGAAAGAGAACAGAGAAUCUUGGCCAAGUACAAAAGCCAGAUAUUGGGGGAUUUGCGUCGAUAUAAGUCUAGAGAACGAACAUACUUUGACUCUGGAGAUCUUGCUCUCUCCGAAGCCAACAGAGUAACUGAUGAAGGAACUUUGCAGACCGGCACCGCUCAUCCUUCACGGCAAACUAUUUCUCGUCCCCAUGCCCCGGUACCCGAAGGAAGCAAUGUGGAUAAUCGUGCGAAUGAGGAAGUGCUUCGCAGAGUGAGUCCAGGUCGUGAGAUAAAUGAAAGCCACUUGAACCAGAUGGCUGUUACAAAAUGACCAUCCCAAAUAGUCUAUUCGGAUGGCUAGUUAAAUGCCGCAUAAGGGUUG